AUGGCAAAAGAUCAUUCUUCAACCCAUCCCUACCGUGCAAUACGCGCAUCGUUUACAGCCAAAACUAUAACUGUCUACCAAGCAUAUCCUCCAGAAAUUUCCAAUCCGGCAGUUGAAGCACAAAAGUUUAAACCGCCAUUCUCCCGAACCAGGAUGACGUGGAUCAAGCCCUCUUUUUUAUGGAUGGCAUACCGCAGUGGAUGGGCAACAAAACAGCGUCAAGAGCGCGUGUUGGCUAUCGAAAUCACACGCGAAGGGUUUGAAUGGGCACUGGAGCACUCAUGUAUGAGCCACUGGGAUACAAAGAGCGAAAAGACUGCCAUGGACAAGAAACAAUGGCAGGAAAAGCUCCAUGAUAGUCCCGUCCGCAUCCAAUGGGACCCAGAGAGAGACUUUGAAUUCAGGCCCCUAGGAUAUCGCUCUAUUCAGAUUGGACUUGGACCUGAGGCUGUGGCGCGGUAUAUUGAUGAUUGGAUUGUUUCUAUUACGGAUGUCACGGACCUGAUGCACAAAACCAGAGAUCAUGUUGAUGAGGGGAAUCUUGAGGCUGCGAAAAAGCUUUUGCCAACCGAGGAGACGUACUCAGUAUCGGCUGAGUUAAUGGAGAUUUUACAGGCUUCAUGCUGA